AUGUUUGGGAUCUUACAAAAGGUUCGUGAUGUGGCAACGAUGCAAAAUUGCGAAGCGGUGGUGAAUGCGUGUGGCAGGGCUGUUGCUGCUGUUCUUUCAUCGAAACCAGAAAAGGUGGAAGCCAUAGAUGCUUCGAAGUUGAAAACCUUCGAAAAAUGUGAUAAUUCUUACACGUUUGCACUAUAUGUAGAUAAACCAAAGGGUGUGACAUAUUACGUUGUUUAUUUGCCGAGAUCGUUGAAGAUUUGGCGCACGCAGGAACGUCACCAAGCAGAAUUGCUAAGAAAUCAGUUGAACAGUCUAAAACUACUUGUUAAUAUUCUAGAAAAAAUAAGUUCUAAGUUUUUCGAGGCUGAGAUGGAACAGUUGAGAGAUUCGGUGAUCAAAAAUCCCAGUUUUAAUGAUAUACAUCAUGCAGCUGCUUGUAAUUUCCCGAGAGUUAUCGCUGUAUUGUGCAAGAAUCGUCCAAGCAUUGUUAAUGAUGUAUCCAUUGAUGGCUAUUAUCCACUGCACAUAGCAGUAGAGAAUGAUGCUAAACAAGCUGUACAAGUACUACUGAGUUUAGGUGCUCAUACUGCAAAACAGGAUUGUCAUUCUAGAAAUGCUGUGCACUAUGGUGCGGGGAAUAAUCCAGAAGUACUGAAGUUGUUAGCUGGGGCUCACGAUUUCUUGGACGCUAUUGAUGUAAUUGACAAAGAUGGCUUGUCACCACUUUGUCAUGCUAUUCGUUCAGCCAAAGCAAAAUGUGUGGAAGUGUUGUUGGAUGCAAACUGUUCAACUGGUCCUUUCCCAGGUGGUUCUUUGUCGGCCAUGGUUUCUAUGGUUGCUUUAUCACCAGAUUUACCGAGGAUAGUCGAUUUAUUAUUAAUACGAGCUCCACAGUUUUUAGUCGAAGAAAUCGAUGGUUCAUCGACUAUACUCCAUGAAAAAUUGGAAUCAAAAUUGUUACACCGUAUUCUGGGAGAUCUUAGGAAUGUCGUUAAUAUAAAUGUUCGAAAUAAUUUGGGUCAAACACCGCUAUACUGUGCUGUAGCACGAAAUGAUUUGUCACAAAGUUUUACGCUGCUGACUUAUGGUGCUGAUUUAAAUAUCGCAAACUAUGACGGGAACACCCCGUUACAUAUAUCUUCCAAGAAUGGGGACGUUGAUCUUGUGAAGCUGUUGUUAUGUUUUGGAGCAUCAGCAGAGCUGAAGAAUGGUCGUGGAGAAACAGCUUUGGAUGUUGGCAGAAACAAAAGUUUACGAUUAAUUUUGGCUUUUCAUCUAGUUCUUUCUGAUCUUAUGCAAGAGAAAGUAUUAGUGGAACGACAGCAAAUGACACCAGAAGAAAAGCAGCGUUUAGUCAAUGUAAUAAGUUUCGAUGGUGGUGGAAUAAGAGGCUUAAUACUUUUGCAGAUAUUGAUGCAUAUUGAGAAAUUGUUGGGUCAUUCUGUUAUGGAACAUUUUCAGUGGUUAUGCGGAACUAGUACUGGAGCAGUGAUCGCACUGGGACUAGCAAAAGGCUUGUUAAUUUCAAGAUAUUCAUUGAAGCAUUGUCAAAAUCUCUAUCUACGCAUAAAGGAUGAACUAUUUGUUGGUCGACGACCUUAUUCAAACAAAAUGAUCGAAAGUUUUUUUUGUGAAAUUUUUGGGGAGGAAACAGUAAUGGCGCAGUUAAGAUCCAAAAAGGUUAUUGUAACGGCUUCAUGUGUACAAAAAAGCCCACCGCUGUUAAAACUCUUUCGCAAUUAUACUUUACCAGUUAGCAAAGCUGAAAACAAAGCUUUGGGAUUUGAUGAUCCUGGUGAGAAUUUAGUAUGGAAAUGUGCACGAUAUUCCAGCGCUGCUCCAACGUUCUUUACACCGAAAGAUAAUUUUAUUGAUGGCGGAUUAAUAUCGAAUAAUCCAACACUUGAUCUUAUGUCAGACAUACAUAUUUAUAACGCUGCAUGCAUGAAAGUGGCAAGUUAUGGUUGA